GAGGGAACGAUUAAUGACGACCAUUAUAUGAGUAUUGAGUUGCCUUUCCCUCCUUAUGUUUCAACGAAACGAUAUUUAAUAUCGCUAUUUGUUGGUUGAACUAUAACGCGAUAUGUAUGAAGCUGCAAACGAUAGACAACCUGUUUCAGCAGCGUAUUACAGACCUACUCACGAUCAUAGGUUGUCUCCACUAGUGCACCACCGUGCUGGACAGCCCCCCACCGCCCCUAACAGUAACUAUCACAGAGGACAAGCUGGCUCACCUCCUGCUUACCAUGCCGCCAGACCCCCUCCCUCACCCCUUGUACCCAAUAGUCCAGCACACUUCAACGCCCGAUCUAGCUACACGCAGGACAGACAUCAAGCUGUCAGAGGACAUUAUGAUCCGAAGUUAUCUGUAAUGCACCCUAAUGAACCUGAGCACCGACACACUGUACAAGGUUUAAAUCCCAGCUAUGGGUUCACACAGGAGCAAGUGGCUUGUGUUUGCGAGGUUCUGUCUCAGGGUGGCAGUAUGGAGAGACUAGCACGGUUUCUCUGGUCCCUGCCUGCCUGUGAUCAUCUACACAAGAACGAGAGUGUUCUAAAGGCUAAAGCAGUGGUCGCCUUUCACAGAGGAAACUUCAAGGAACUGUAUCGGAUAUUGGAGAACAACAACUUCAGUCCCUCUAGUCAUCCCAAACUACAAAACAUUUGGUUAAAAGCACAUUACAUGGAGGCAGAGAAACUGAGGGGAAGGUCCCUGGGAGCUGUGGGAAAAUAUCGUGUCCGGAAAAAGUUCCCUCUUCCUAGAACAAUAUGGGAUGGUGACGAAACUAGCUACUGCUUCAAGGAAAAGUCUAGAACAGUUCUUAGAGACUGGUACGCGCACAACCCCUAUCCGUCCCCCCGGGAGAAGAGAGAAUUAGCGGAGGGAACUGGGCUCACCACAACGCAGGUCAGCAAUUGGUUUAAGAACAGAAGACAGAGAGACAGGGCGGCAGAAAGCAAGGAGAGGGACGGCUCAGACCCAGGGAGCGGCAGACCACGCAACAGCUCUGAUGAGGGGUCCCUACCAGAGGAGGAGACUAAAAUCAAGGUGGAACCUAACUCCCGAAUAAACGCUCCCUCCGAUUCCCAGUUCACCGUCUUAGAAUCACCUUACGUUCCCAUGACAACCCACACGUCACCACAUGGUAUGACGUCACUACCCCCUCUGAUGACGUCAUCCUCCCAGCGAAUAGUCACUUCUCCCGAACAGCAGCUGGAGACGCCCAGUCUAGAUAAUCAGAGGGGUAUAAUGGAGGAUACAGAUAACAGCAGAACAAAGCGACAGAAGCUCUCAGAUCACGGGGGAAAUGGGAUGAACAAUAAUCAGCCCAGAAAACAAGAAGAUAACCAAGAAAUAGAGGUGCCUAUUUACGCUAGUCUGGGGACCACGUGACAUGACACAUGACAAGACACGUGACAUUUUCAAUAGACACGUGACAAAUUUCAGCUCAUUUGAGGGGUAGAGUGUGGAUAGGCGAAGGAGAUGCUAACUCCUAUUCUAUCUGAAAGGAGAAUUUAGAGAUGAAUUAUAAACCUUGAACUGUGUGAAAACCAGUAAACAGUUUCCUUAAUGUAGGCCACUGUCUGUUCCAGCUGCAUUACACUACAGUACAUUGUGCUUCAUUACACUACAGUACAAUGUGCUACAUUACACUGUUCCUUCUUCUUAGUUUUAUUUUUAUUAAGAUUAAGAUUAAUGCAAAUGCAAAUUUUCAAUAUUUUACUAAAAUUACAGAAAUUUGAAAUGUGCACGGUAGAAAAAUAAUUAAUGUUUAUUGGAAGAAUACAUGGGCCCGUUUACCUUGACUUUAAUAAGAGGAAUUGGAUUUAAGCCUAUCUUGACAGCUAUUUUGAUAAUUCAGUUGUAAUGUUUGAAACUCAAUAAUAAUUAGGUUGAACUUGGAUUGAAUGGGUUAUUCCAAGGAAUUCCAUAGACUGCACAUAGAUAAUAGGCUCUCGGGUUGCUCGUAUCACAUGUCCACGUAUAUCCAACCCCCUAUUGUGUAUUGGUUAUGUGCAAAUUACAAUUUAUCGGUUAUAUGAUCAGAUGUAGCCCACAAUAAUUAAAAAACUUUCGCUGGAAGUAACAGAGGAUAGAAAUUGUCUGAUGUCGGCAGUCGGGGCUUUAUUUUCACUAGUUUUACUUUUAACCAUCACUUAUAAACGUUUUGAUGAUUAAAUCUGUUUUAGUAAAAAUCACGGUUCACGUUUUUAAUUUAAAUCUAUUUUUAUGUUUCAACGGGCCCUUUACUUCGACUACGUAUUAUGUUACUGUUUACUUUUAGAAUUGAUUUGUCAAUGGAUUUUUUACGCUUUACUUUUAUG